CAAUUUUCCAGGCAGCUAACGUUAACGGUGGAAAAGUGAGCUAAAACCUGCUCCAUUUUUAACAACAGUGUUUUUCUCUUCACGUUGAGAUGUGAGGGCGACGGCGGUUGCUCCUUGUGCGUCGGACUUUCCGAUAAUUUCCGAGAGUGAAGCAUCAUGUCGAGGAGGGAACAAUAAUACGUCUACAGUUUAAAAAUGGAGAGCUGUCCCGGUCCGCUGAGCUGAAAAAUGGGAGCCAGCGCUUCAGUAUCACUCUGUAGCGAUCCGACUUCAGUGAGAAUCCUGAGACCCGGUGCUAAGGUCAGCCCAGAGCCCACUGCUCCCACCCUGGUCUCAGAGGCUGAACAGGGCAACAGGUGUGUGUUUGGUGUUGCCUUGGAAACACUGAGGGAGGACGGGCAGAUGGUCUGUGGAGUACCCCUUGUGCUAAGAGACAUGGUGGAGUUCCUGGAUAAGAACGGAAUUCAGCACAGAGGUCUGUUCCGUCUGUGUGGCUCAGUGGUGCGAACCAGGCAGCUGAGGCAGCGGUGGGACUGUGGAGAGAGGGUGGACCUUGCUCAGUGGGGUGAGCAAGACGUCCCCACUGUGGCCUCGCUCCUCAAGCUCUUCCUUCGGGAGCUUCCCACCCCUAUAGUUCCCGAACCCCAGCGUAGACAGCUGGUUCUGAGCCUCACAGGAUAUGCAGAUGAGGCAGAGAUGAACCAGUCUCUGAGAGAAAACCUUUGCCACCUCCCUGAUGACAACCUCAUUAUUUUCUCUUACCUCAUCCACUUCCUGUCUAGAGUGGCUGCUCACAGCCAAUCAAAUCACAUGCCUGUGGAAAAUCUGGCAACCAUCUUUGGGCCUUGUAUAUUCCAUGUUCCAGCAGGACCCCGGAUGCUGGAGGAGCAGAGUGUGUGUAAUGGCCUGUUGCUCCAUCUUCUCAGGCAUCAGAAGGUUCUCCUUCCAAUCCCCGCCCGGGAAGCAGAGAAUUCCUCGAUCGCCUCCUCCUCACCUCCUCCUCCUACCCUCUCUGCUCUUUCACACUUUGAGGUCCGGCCCAGCAGCCGUCACUCGGAGCAGAGUAGAGUGGAGAGGUUGGAGGGAGAGACCACCUCAGUCUCAUCGACCAGUCCUUUUAACCAAACAAUACGGAUGCAAUCUCAACUCAACAGUCCUGACACACUGGCAAAGGGCUGUGAAACCAUCUCUGACGUCAGUGCUGACAUUCAGAAGCUGAUUCCAGACCAGGAGGCUCCGCAGGAGAGCAGUGAGAGUACAGUGGCUGGCUGUGAGCUCUCCUGCCCCACUGACCCAGGGUCAGAGCAACACACGCACUGGAGCAAACCAUCCCCAAGCAGCCAGGGAAGGCCACCGGAGUUGGAGUGUACCACACAAGGGACCUUUUCACAGUACAAGAUACCACCAUUCACCUAUUCAUUAAAGGAGAAAGAGGAGAAAGAAGUAGACGAAGUAGCAAAUAAAAGGACACCUUCCUCAUCCACCAAAGACGAAUGCUCAGUGGCUUCCACAGAUGCAGGGCUGACAUCUUCUAUUUCAGACUGCUGCGUACCGAAUGAAUCACAGAACAAAACCCAAACACAUACGCAGCACACAGACAGCAUGCUGUGCUGCAUGGAGUACAAGACAGAAGACAGAACCACAGUGUCUGAGAGGAAGGGGAGAAGAGGAGGAAGAUGUAGUGGUUCUCCUGACAGACACAGUGAUUGCAGAGGCAGGGGCAACAGCCAUGACAGCCCUUCCCUCAAGCUUCAAGCCCUGGAGGCUGAAUUGGGAACCUUGCCGCCACCGGUAGACCCACAAGGUCCAGACAACCUACCUGCCCAACAACAGCCUGUUUCUACUGAAGAGCAGAGCCUGUAUUUGACCCACAAACUGCUCCUCCACCCACCACCAUCACCACCAGGUCAGGAUCAGCAGACAGUCGACUCAUCACAGCCUGUACACACCCCAUCCCCUCAUUCAUCAGAGUCCAGUCUGGUCCUCUCCACUGCCGUUCUUUCUGAGGGGAUUUCAGAAAAUGACACCCUGCCGAGUCCACCGGCCCCUCACACCAGCCCACUCCUCUCCCGUUUUACAACAAGCGACUGCCCUGUUCCCUCGCCGCGCUGUCCCAACCUCAGUCACAGCCUGCGCUACAACCUAGACCCUGAUGCAGCCCCUUCUCCACCGUGCUCACAGCACAUACGUGUGGCUCGCAGCAGCGUCCAUACAGAGCCAGACGAGGGCUCUCUGUCCAUCUCGAUGCUCAACAGACAUAUUCACACCCUGAGGAAGAGGAUCAGGCGUUUUGAGGAGUGUUUUGAGCAGGAGAAACACUAUAAGCCAGCCCACAACGACAAGACAGCUCAUCCAGAGGUGGCCAGACUGAUGAAGGAGCUCAUCAAGAGUCGCAAGCAGCUUAAAGAGCUGAAACUGAGACAAUCAGAGGAAGGUGGGCAAACAGGGCAGGGAGGCUUCAACCUAUCAGGUGAAACAUGCUGGACCAACACAGACCAUAGGGAGGCAGCACUAACAGGGACUGAGCUGCAGCAGCUUAACAACAACAGCAACACCAAGCCAAAUGUGGAAGAAACUGUCAACAUUAUAACCAACAGGCUGAAGGAAAGACGACGAGAGCUAGGCCUGCCUGACAGCAUUAAGGAGAUGUCCAAUUUCCAGAUGAAUAUGGAGAAGACCAGCCUGCAGAAGUGUUUGCUCUACUUUGAAAGUCUACACGGACGACCAAGUACCAGGCAGGAGCGAACUCUGAUGAAACCUUUCUACGAUCGGUACCGCCUUCUCAAGCAGCUGCUGCUCUCCUCUGCUGCUGCAGCAGUCAUUACAACCAUUGAGGAAGAGGAGGGCUCUGAUGAAGAGCGUCCCAAACAGCGAAGCCCCAGGCAGCAGCCGCUCUGGCUGAGGUCUCCCAGGUGUGUGUCUUCAGAUGAGUCGCUGCAUCUGCAUCUGCCUUCCCUAGAAAUGUCUGAGACUCCUCUGGUGUCCCCGCUGGAGGAGGUAAAGGGUCUCCAGCCACAGAUCAUCACCAUGGCAACACUACAUGAAGCUUCCAGAUCGGAAUUACUGGAUCACCUUAGGAUGGCACGAUUAGAGAAGCGCAGGCUUCACCAAGCACUCCGAGAGUUUGAGGACCACUUCUAUGCGCAGACCGGCAGGGCUUGUCAGAAGGAGGACCGUGGACCGAUGGCCGAGGAGUACUGCCAGUAUAAGAACCUCAAAGCAAAGCUCCGUCUACUGGAGGCCCUGCUCAGUAAACAACAGGACUCAACCAAGACCAGCUGAGUUAACUCACAGUGGGACUUUUAUCUUAACAAGAUUAGAAAAAUCAGGUUGUGAAGCCAGUGGGUCUGGUCUCGUUUCAUGCCAUGCUCAUGUUGAUGCACUUUACGUGAAGAAAACUGAUGGAAAUUGGUGACAAUCUAAAUUAAAUACUGGGCAACUGCAGAGUUUUCUUAGUCACAAAAACACAUCCCUUAUCAUUCAUGACACAUCUUACUAUAAACCUGAUGUAGCAAGUGUAUGUAGCACUAAUUUAUGUCAAGGAUGAAGAGGUGUAACAACUUGAUGUUAGUUACAUAUUAGUAAUUUUAAGAUCACGUAUGUAUAUUAUGGCACUUUGUUACUUGCUUUUUUUCUGUGCCAAAAUACCAUUUUGGACAGCUUUGUCCAUAGUUAAUGUGGAAACUGCAUUUUUAUUACAAAGUGCUAUCUUGGCAAAAGAAAUGUAAGCUUAAUUGCAAUGAGACAAUACUGUUGUGUUUGUGCAUGUCAGUUUUUUAGUCCUACAUUGUGCUAUGAUAUGCAUUAAGGAUUUCAUAGUUGAUCUAAAUCGUUCAAUUCACAUUCUCACCAUGGAAAAUAUGUGAACGUUGGUGAACGUUGAAAUUGUAGUGCAAGUUAUAUCUGCUGUCAAAUUUGCAUUCAUCCCCCCCAUUUUACCUGUAUGAAGUCAAUUUCCUGUAAAUGCAGUUGUUGACAAUGAUCAGAGCUUUUGACAUUGUGCACUUCUGGUUUAUAUAAUUUUCUAUAUAUAUAUAGAUAUAUAUAUAUGAAUGUAUCAAUAAAAAUAAAUAUUUUUUCACAUUUAUUCUGCUAAACACA